AUGUGCGAUUCUAAAAAUAAGGAUAACUUGAUGAAAUUACUUUUAUCUUCGGGUCCUUCGAGUAGCUUGGGCUCUCACGGAACACCAACUUCCAGCGUAGAAAGCCCAUUAAGCGAUCAUGGGGAAGAUACCUGCUCUAUGUUGAAUACGUAUUUGAAUCAAAUAAAUGUAGCUGGUCAAAGUGUGAGUUAA